AUGGUCAAGUCCACUCUCCUCCUCGGCGCCCUCGCCGCUAUGACCUCCUACGUCGCCGCCAAGGAGAUCAAGGUCAACGAGGAGAAGGCCGCUAGGCUAUACGACUCAGGCGAGGUGCACAACAAGCUCAUGGCCAGCAAGCAGGCUGUCUGGGCGAAGCAAGAGGCCGCUGGUGCUUUCGCCAGCGAGCAGUAUCCCAAGCUCGGCUACACAAAGUGUGUCGACGGUUACGCAGAGGCUAUCAAGGGUGAUGCCAACAACACCUUUGCUUGCCACAACGCCGAUCUUUACUCGUUCUUGAGUCAUGCUGCGCUGGGUAGCACCGGCGGUCGAGGCUCGUCCUCAUGGGGAUGGACUUCCGAUACCGGACGUGAGUUUGUCGCUGUCGGUCAGUACGACGGCACUGCUUUCGCAGAAAUCACCAAGAAGGGACAGCUCGUCUAUCUCGGUCGUCUGCCCGAGUACUCUGUCCCCUCCCAGUGGCGCGAGAUCCGCACGUACAAGAACUACGUCAUCAUCGGAUCCGAAGCCGUCGGUCACGGUAUUCAGAUCUUUGACAUGAAGAAGCUUCUCAAGAUCAACCCCAAGAGCCCUGUUGUGUUUGACGCAAAGAAGGAUCUCACUAGCCACUUUUCCGCUCUGCUGCCGGUUGGUCGAGCUCACAAUGUUGUUGUCAACGAGGAGUUGAAGUAUGGUGUUGCUGUUGGUGCUCAGCCGCGCACUGACCCCAAUUGUCUCUCUGGACUUAAUUUCUUUGAUCUUACUGAUCCCUCUAACCCAGAGUCUCUUGGAUGCGCCAAGGGCGAUGGAUACGUCCACGAUGCGCAGUGUCUUGUUUAUCGUGGUCCUGAUAAGCGCUACCAGGGCCGUGAUAUCUGCUACGGAUAUAAUGAGGAUACUCUGACUAUCUACGAUGUCACUGACAAGGCGAAUGUUACCAACAUCAUCUCCAAGAUCUCUUACGAGGGUGCUUCUUACACACAUCAAGGUUGGGUUCUCGACACUCAAAACCAAGAAUUCCUUGUCUUGGACGACGAACUCGAUGAGCGUGACGGUAAAGGUCCUGGUUCUGACGGUUAUCCCGUCACUUUCAUCUGGGACAUCCGUGAUCUUGAGAACCCCAAGCAGACCGGUGUUUUCAAGCACCCCACCAAGUCCAUCGACCACAACCAGUACGUCAUCAACAACUACAUCUACCAGUCUCACUACGGCGCUGGCCUCCGCGUCCUCGAUGGUCGCUCCAUUCCUCAAGACCCCACCGGUGCUGGUGUUUACGAAGCCGCUUGGUUCGACAUCUACCCCGAGGAUGAUGCCCUUCCCGGUGGCGGUAGUGUUGCUUUUGUUGGAACUUGGUCUUCUUAUGCUUACUUCAAGUCGGGAUACAUCUUCAUUAACACUAUUGAGCGUGGUGCUUUUGUUGUCAAGCUUACCAAGGAUGCUUUCAAGAAGCCAAAGAACUAA